GGUAAAACAUCGAAAAUGUGACUAAGGCUAUCGAUGUCUCGUCCAGCUCUAAUACAUAGCCAAAACAAUUGCCAGUUCCUACUGUUUGGUGUUUUUUCUUAGGAAGUUGUAACUAAAAUUGGGAGAAAAUCCAGUGUAAUAUGGUAAGGAAGCGCCUGCAACAAAUGGAACAUCCUCGCGUCACUGCAUAGAUCUAGUAUCGAGCAUCUGGUGGCUCUGUAGGUGGAAUUUUCCUGUGGUGCACUGGUGCAUCACACUGUUAUCAACUAUUGUCAGCCAUGCCAUCUGCCAAAUCAAAACGGUCCUAUAUUUAGAGAAUGACUCACCUUCACUAAGUUAGGAGAUCAGCAGUGCGAGAUUAUUAAAAGGAAACCUGUGACCGAUUCCGAGCCCACCGGAUGUCCAAGUAUCCGGGCACCCAGAGAGAUGCCUUUCCGACAGCACUGCCAGCAGUAGCCCGGAAUUGCCGGGAGACACGAAAACCGCAGCACGGAAUCAAGCAACGCGAGCCUUUGGUUUUUUCAUCAUGCGUCUGAACCUAAAAGCGGUGCUGCUCAUCCUCAUUGUGGCCGUGGUAGUAAUUACCCUAGGUGUGUACAUGCGAUGUGCCGCCUUCUCUUUCUCACCGGACUUUGUGCGAACACUGGACCGGCCGAUAGCCAGGCAAUCCCCUGGCGACGCCACUGUGCUGCAGGACAUCGAGUGCUCCAUCAACCAGGAGUACAGCGUACACUGCAAGCGGGACGAGAACGCAAACGAGGUGUACUUGCCCUUCUCCUUUCUGCGCAACUACUUCGAGGUGAGCGGAGCAGUCUCCACCAGCGGCAGCGAGGUGGCCAAAUUCAAUUGGAUGCACAGCACAGCCAAGGUGAACCUGCCUAGGGGCAAGUACGACGCACGCGGCGUUUUCAUGUACUUUGAGAACUACAACGUAGAGGUGCGUGACCGAGUGAAGUGUAUCAGCGCUGCUGAGGGCGUGCCCGUUAGCACCCAGUGGGAGAAGCGCGGCUACUUCUACCCCACACAGAUAGCCCAGUUUGCAUUGUCGCACUACAGCAAGAAUCUUACGGAGCCAGCGCCGCGAGUCCGCAUCCUCGAGGACGCCGAUAGCAACCAGAUGGACUGGAGCACGCCUAAAACCAGCAACAUGUCCCGCAUCUGGCACCACAAGUUUAACACCAGCGUGGUCCAGUUUGAGACCGCGCCCGGCUACGAGGGCGCUAUCAGCAUCGCUCUAAAUCAAACACUGGACUUGCUGCUAAGUGUGGACCUGCUAUUGGUGACCAAUAGCAGCAGUCUCAUGGUCACCGUCCAGAACCGCGAUACGCGGCAUUGUUACAACCUCCACUACAUACCCGCCGACCUGCUGCUCAGCGUGCAGGACUCAAACAUAUACUAUGGCCUGGGCGGAUCGGCGCUGAACAAAUGGCGCCACAUCACACGGGACCUGCACAUCGACGUCCAAAAGGGCAUCGUUUUGGGAGACAAGCGGUCGCCACUAAAAAUUCGACGCUCGGACCUGGAGGUCCUUUCUAUUGGCUUCCUAGGCCUGGGUUUUUACGACAACAUAACACUUUCCACUAGUGACCAUCUAGCGCACUUCUAUGAUGCUGCAGAGUGGUUUGUCCACAACCAGGAUCCCAAGACGGGUGGCUGGACCAAUCCCGUGCGUCGCAGCCUCAACGGAUUUGCGGAGCUGCGUCCGGGAUGGAUUUCAGCAAUGGGACAGGGUCACGCCAUAUCUGUGCUCGCCCGAGCAUACUGGCAUUCGGGUGGAGAUGAGCGCUACCUACGUGCAGCAGCGGCAGGUCUUCAGCCUUACAGGGUAUUUUCACGGGACGGCGGCGUUCUGGCACACUUCAUGGACAAAUUUUUCUGGUAUGAGGAAUACCCCACCACACCACCUUCUUACGUGCUUAACGGAUUUAUUUACUCACUGCUCGGCCUGUACGAUCUCAACAGCACAGCGCCAGUUAAGAUUGCUCGCGAAGCUGGCAAACUAUUUGCUCAGGGUAUGUACUCUCUAAAGAAGAUGCUGCUUUUAUACGACACGGGCUCAGGGACCAGCUACGACCUUCGACACCUAAGCUUGGGCGUGGCGCCGAACCUGGCACGCUGGGACUACCAUGCAACGCACGUUAAUCAGCUCCUCUUGCUGGCUACUAUUGACAGCGACCCGCUGAUUGCGCAGACAGCGGAACGCUGGAAGGGCUAUAUGUUUGGCAGGCGGGCCAAGCACAACUGAGAACUAAGGAAACUGGCGGCUUACCGCCGUCGAAAAAGUGAUAUUUUGUAAGGCUUUUGUAAGACAUUGUGUGCUUGACCAUUCUAAAUGGUUACAUCGGUGUGUCACUUGCUUUUCCGGCCCGGAAUUAAUUCCGUGCUUUUAUUUUAUUAUUUUUGACCCCGUCCUAGCUCGCAUGACUAGGCGUCUAGGGUUAAGCUAUUGUACCUUUAUCUUCAAUUGCCUAUUAUCCACCUGUUGGCCUCUUGUCUUUUUGCAUUUGUUACUCCUCAAUUUAUAGGCUAAUUGUUUCCGCGAAAAAAUGUAUGUAGUUGCACCCGAGCUCACUGGACAAUAUUGAGAAAUUAACGAGAAGUAACUUACAUUUAACACUAAACACUUAUUGUUGUUGUAGGAGGACUUUUUUACAACGCAAAACUAAGUAGUGUUUGCUAUACUCAACUACCAAAGACCUUGCAAUAACAAGAUGCAUAACGCCCUUACACUUGAAUUGCCAUAUGAGUGCAAUAUUUCAGAGCCAGCACGAAUAAUUCGUGCGCCGUACGGCGUUACUCAUAUUUUUAUUAAAAAGUCUUUGUCACAACCUUGUAUAAAGUACUGUAGAGAGCUUAGAGAAAUAGUUGGAGUUUGAGCCCAGGUAGCGUCUGUUAUAUGCAUAUGUAUACACCCCCCCCCCAGUAGAGAUAGUCUUAACGUUCCACUCAAACUAACUGCCCCCAGAACCCAAAAACACAUAAAAAGAUAUGGAUAACGAUGCACGAUAAUAACAAUUUCUCUUUACGGUAAGAAUGUAAUGUAAUGUAGUCUAGUCUAGCGCGUAGGCAACCUGCGGAGGGUACACUUCUGUAUUUCUCUCAACUUAAACGAUGCCAUUCCAAACAAAACUUUAGUUUAUCAUCUGUCAAUUAAGAUAACAGUAUAUCAUUUGAGUUUAAAUGUAAUCUACGGAUCCGUUAUCUCUGUUGCUACUACUAACCCAAAACGAGACUGUUCACGAAUAUUAAUUUUUAGUAUUGUGUUAAAAGAAUCGACAUAUUAAAGUACUUAAUUUAUGUUCUUUGUA